GUCCAUGCGGGAGACAGCUUUGGGGAGCUAACCAUUCUGGGCUUCGUGAAGCGACGGAGUGCCGUGGUCCGCGCAAAGGAGAUUUGCAUCGUCCUGGAGAUGCCCAGGGCGGCCUUUAUUGCAGCUUUGGAGGAUCACCCGGAGGAACAAGAGCACUUCCAGAAGAUCGGACGUCAACAUGGCGUCGUGGUCUCGAGCACGCAGUGGCCCUUAUUCGUCGGCGCUUCGCCCAAACUGCUUUCGUUGAUCAACCUCUAUGCGAGGAAGCACAUCACCGCCAAGGGGCUCUGGUCCACCUUCAAUGGGGAGCAGCUGCCAGAGCAGGCAGCCAUCCUGGUCCUAAGAGGAGAGAUUCGGAUGAUCACUCCGGACAAGGGCGAGCUGGUCUUCGUAGAGGGCACCUGCUUCAACGAGCAGCUUCUUUUCGGGCUUCCGCCCCUGGAGGGCAAACUGCAGCCACAGGGAAACUGUGAGGUCCAGAUCAUGACCGCGGAGAUCUUCGACAGGGUCGUGUCAGAGUGCCCAAACGAGAGGGACUUCAUCAUGCAGCGCAUCGUCAACGAGAUCGCCCGGAAAGCUGAGCAAACGAUGGGCUUCCAGCGAGGCGACUUGGGUGGAGCGUUGGUCCUCUCUACGGUGAUCCAGGUCGCCGCGGACGAGUUCGCGGACCAGCUUCGGAAGCGGAUUGAUGCGCGGAUCUACGAGCCGGGGAUGAUGCUCACAGAUGUGGGACAAGAAGGGGAAACCAUGUUUGUGCUCGUGGAGGGCGAGGCUGAGAACGAGGGCGAUGGCACCUGCCGCGGUCGGGCGCUUCGGCUGAAAUCUGGCAGUGUCAUCGGAGAAUCUGUGCUGCUGGGCGUGGCGCGCACCUACCCCAACCGGAUCCGCGCCGUGACGCGCUGCAUCGCGCUCGCUCUUACUCGAGCGGUCUUCCGGCAGGUACUGGAGGAAUUCCCUUCGCAUGUGGAGCUGUACAGCCACAUGUCUUCCGCGAACCCGGAACAGAGCGAGCCCAGCAAGAGCGCACUGGAUCUACAGGAGCACCUGCACAAGAGCCGUGCUUUCUCCAAUGUCAGCAAGGACUUCCUCUCCGUGGUUUGCGAGCGAGCCGACGAGGUCUACUUCGGCCCCGGCGACGACAUCUUCCGGCGUGGCGAGGUCUGCAAGCUCGGCGAAGCCAUCAUGUACAUCUUGCUGCAGGGAGCGGCCAUCGUCGAAGGAGAGUACGGUGACGAGCUCGGCAGGUUGAAUCCCGGGGACGUGGUGGGGGAAGGCGGUGCCCUGGGCAUCGCACCGACUCGCGGCGCCACGGUUCGCGCUUGGCGCGACACGCUGGUGCGCGCUGUGAGGCUGCACGGGACCUCCAUUCAAAGGGCCAUCACUGCUUUUCCUGAUGAGUACGAGUCUCUCCAAGCCAUCUUCCAGAAGCGCGCGUCCGCCAACAAGGAAGUCGAGCGGGUGAGGCAGAAGUGGCUACAAGAGCAAGUCAUCCCAGCUCUCAACAAGUGUCGCAUCUUCAACGGCUUUCCGGAGCACAUCAUUCGAAAGAUCGCCGAGCACCUGCUGCAGGCGACCUACACGAGUGGCCAAAUCGUCUGCGUAGCUGGCAACGGGGCAGAUUCCAUGAUUAUCUUCCUGAAGGGCGAGGGCGAGGUCCACGCGAAGUCAGGAGAUUUGAUCGGAACGAUCACGCCUGGUGCGAUGAUUGGAGAGGUCUCGGUCCUCGGCCUUUUCCCCUGGCGAACAGCGACGAUCCGCGCCACGAGCAACGCAGAUGCCGUGCUGAUCACCGCCAACCUGAUCACUCGGAUCUUGCAGGGCGACGAUGCGGCCGAGGCCCGAGCCCGCUUCGAGGCACUGCGGCAGGAGAGGUGCGAUCAGGUGGAACAAGGCAUGCCACUGUGCACCCUGUCCCUGGAUGUCAGCGUCAAGGACGUGGCGGCACGGGCUGUGGCUUUGCAUGCCAUUCGCUUUGACUUCGCGACUGGCGACGUCUUCAAGCCUAACUCCAAGUCGCAGGGGCCACACUACUGGAUACUUGUUCAAGGAACGAUGAACCUCAUGAUGGGAAGCCGCCAUAUCAUGCUCUUCAGCGCCGGCCCAGUCAAUCCUUUGAUCCCGGAGCAUGUCGCGCAGGAUUUCGGUGCUACGCUGCAUGCGGCGACCCCGUGCGAGGCGUAUCGGGUCGGCCUCUACGACAUCCUCCUGGCCACGCAUUGCGUCCGAGCGAAGUGGUACAAGCACUUUGAGAAGCUGCUCGAGGAGGUCCAGGUGAAGGUGCGACUGAAGCUACAGGGAGCCCGCUCCAUACAAACCAUGAAGCUCAAGAAAUCCCGAACGGAGGUUAGCCUGAAUCCGUUGAAGAAGGAGGAGGAAGGCGACAGGGACAAGGCCAUGGGCAUGGACUUUGUGGCCCAGGCAGCCAGGGAUUCCGGCAACCGGUGA